CAUGAAGGUCUUAGUUUUGAUCUGGUGUUUUGUCUCUCUACUGGCCCAGGCCACAACAGCAGAGGAGGAAGAGGUAUUGGAUUCCAUACUGAGAGACAGAUCUCACAUUGAUGAGACAUUAAGAUUGGCAGCAGAAGAGAAUGCUGGAAACUAUGCAGCUGCUUUGCAGAAACUGAGAAUAAUCUACCACAAUUCCAUCAGGCCUAUGGAACAUGCCUACAAAUACAAUGAGCUCAGACAACAUGAGAUUUCAGCUUAUCCAGGACGCACCCUGGGGGAUUCAGCCACAGAUGGAGAAAUCACCUCCAAACCCAUGGUCCUGUUCCUUGGCCCCUGGAGUGUGGGGAAAUCCUCAAUGAUAAACUAUUUGCUGGGACUUCAAGACACUCCUUAUCAGUUAUACACAGGAGCUGAGCCCACUACCUCUGAGUUCACUGUGAUCAUGCACGGUGACAAAGUCCGAUCUGUAGAGGGGAUUGUAAUGGCUGCUGAUAGCACUCGUUCCUUCUCUCCCCUUGAGAAAUUUGGCCAGAAUUUUCUGGAGAAACUUAUUGGCAUUGAGAUGCCUCAUAAGCUCCUGGAGCGUGUCACAUUUGUGGAUACACCAGGAAUCAUUGAGAACCGCAAACAGCAGGAGAGAGGGUAUCCCUUUAACGAUGUGUGUCAGUGGUUCAUUGACCGUGCUGACCUAAUCUUUGUGGUAUUUGACCCCACCAAGUUGGAUGUUGGUCUUGAGCUAGAGAUGCUCUUCAGGCAACUGAAAGGACGAGAGUCACAGAUACGCAUCAUCCUCAACAAGGCUGACAGCCUGGCUACUCAGGAUCUCAUGCGUGUGUAUGGUGCCUUGUUCUGGAGCCUUGCACCACUUAUCAAUGUGACUGAGCCACCACGUGUGUACGUCAGCUCCUUCUGGCCCUACGACUAUACCCCCGACACCAGCCAUGAGCUCUUCAAGCGUGAGGAAAUUUCCCUCCUGGAAGACUUAAACCAGGUGAUUGAGAAUCGCCUAGAGAAUAAGAUUGCCUUCAUUCGCCAACAUGGCAUCCGUGUACGCAUCCAUGCCCUGCUUGUGGAUCGCUAUGUGCAAACAUUCAAGGAGAAAAUGAGCUUCUUCAGUGAUCCUGAAUUGGUGUUCAAGGAAAUUGUAGAUGACCCAGAUAAGUUCUAUAUCUUCAAGUCUAUCCUGGCCAAGACCAACGUCAGCAAGUUCGACCUGCCCAAUCUUGAUGCAUACCGUGAUUUCUUUGGCAUCAACCCAAUAAAUAGUUUCAAGCAGCUCUCUGCCCAGUGCUCUUAUAUAGGUGGCUGUCUGCUGGACAAGAUUGAAAGGGCAAUUACCACUGAUUUGCCAGGACUCCUGAGUAGCAUCCACUCAAAUAAAAACCCUACCCUGUCCUCCUGUGAGGCCACUGGCUGUGGAGAGAAGCCUAAGAAUCGCUACCGACGAAACUGAGAGAGGAAAGAGUGAUCAAAGGGAAAGGACAGGAGCAGUGGAAACAAAUCCUACUCCUUCUACAGGUCCAUUUCAGAAGUUGAGGAAACAUGCCAUCAGAGAAUUUUUUUUUUGCAUUUUUUUUUAAAUUGGGAAAAAGAGUCAGGGUUGGCAAUAUUUUGAGAAAACCUUCUGUUUUGUGCACUACAUUAAUGAACUGUUGUCAGUUUGGAAAGGAAAAUUUGUAA